AUGCACCAAGUUAAGAAAAAGUUGAUAAAGUUGAAGAAAAAAUUUAAGCAAUCAAAGAAGGCAAUUUCUAGAGUUGAACAAAUCAAAAGUCAAUUAACUUCAAGACAAUAUACAGUUUUCCAAAAUGCCAAAACUAACAAGAAGUGCUUCCAUUCCAAAAUUAAGCGAAUGAAACAUAGAAUCUCAUCUCUUAAGAAAAUGGUGAAACAAUUCCAACAAAUGUAUCAAAAACACACCAAUGAAAUGCUGGCAUCCCUUUCCAAAUGUAGAAAGAAUUUGAAAAAGAUUAAAACUUGCCACGUCUCCAAAAAGUAUUUCAAAGGAUUACCAAAGAAUUUAUAUGGAUUAUUGAGAUCAUUGGAUGUCAAGUUUGCAUGUCUUAAGAAGAGUAAGGGAAGUGACAAGUUGAACUGUAUGAACAAGUAA